AUGGCGAUCACGGGGAGCGGAUCUCUCGCCUUUUCUCUGUCCAUUUUCGUCAUUUCAGCGGCGUUUCUUCCCAAAGGAGCUGCUGAAAUCGUGACAGUGGAUGGUCAGAACCUGGCAACGGACAAUGUGACUGUGAUUGAGGGAGAAACAGCCACCAUCAGCUGCAGAGUCCGAGACAAUGAUGACUCAGUGAUCCAGCUCCUCAACCCCAACAGACAGACCAUCUACUUCAAAGACUACAGACCUCUGAAGGACGCCCGGUUCCAGCUGGUGAAUUUCUCUGACAACGAGCUGCGGGUGUCUCUGUCCAAUGUGUCACUCUCGGACGAGGGCCGCUACGUGUGCCAGCUCUACACUGAUCCUCCUCAGGAAGCCUACGCAGACAUCACUGUCUUGGUCCCGCCGGGCAGCCCAAUCAUCGAGAGCCGGGAGGACCUGGUGAGCGAGGGCAAUGAGACAGAGCUCACCUGCACGGCCAUGGGCAGUAAGCCAGCCGCCUCCAUCCGAUGGAUGAAAGGGGAGGAGGAACUGACAGGAGAGGCCACGGUGGAGGAGACAUAUGACAGGAUGUUUACCGUCAGCAGCCGCGUGAGGUUUUCUGUCACCAAAGACGAUGAUGGAGUGCCAGUGGACUGCAUCAUUGACCACCCGGCUGUAAAGGACCUCCUGGCUCAAAGACACUUGGAAGUGCUAUAUAAACCCGAAGUGAAGAUUGUGGUGACAUAUCCUGAAGGUUUGACAAGAGAGGGAGACAACUUAGAUUUGACAUGCAUCGCAGAGGGGAAACCGCAUCCUCAUCAGAUAAACUGGCUGAGAGUGGAUGAAGACGUGCCCCCUCACGCUGUGGUCACUGGUUCAGACCUCUACAUCGAGAAUCUGAACAAGUCCUACAAUGGGACCUAUCGCUGUGUGGCCUCCAACGCUGUGGGAGAGGCUUUCGAUGACUACAUUCUUUACGUCUAUGAUGCUCCCACUACUAUUCCUACACCCACCACCAACCCAGUCAACACACAAGACUCCCGAGCCGGCGAAGGGGCACCACAGAAAAUUGACCACGCUGUCAUCGGAGGGGUGGUUGCCGUGGUGAUGUUCGCCAUCCUCUGCGCACUUAUCGUUCUGGGUCGAUACUUCGCCAGACACAAAGGAACUUACUUUACACAUGAAGCCAAAGGAGCAGAUGACGCGGCUGACGCAGACACAGCCAUCAUUAACGCGGAGGGAGGACACACCAACACAGACGAGAAGAAGGAGUACUAUAUCUAG